GUGAUAAGUUGAGCGUGUGCAGACAAACUAUCAGGUUGUUCUGGAAGCCUGAAGGUGUGGAUGUGAGGACGUGCUGCCCCCACCUGAAUGUUAUAUUGUCCAUGAGGUGUUUGUUAUGUUUGCAGAAAUAUCAAAGAGACCACCUAUAAACAACAUUUUGGAAGGAAAGCACCAUGUCGGCCUUUAAGCCUAGAUCUUUGCAGACUCUGGUUCUAACCCCGGAGAAGAUCCCGAGUUUCUUUCUCCUACCCUGCACGCCGCGGCCUUAUCCGGUGUCCCCGGAGCGGACCAGACUACUUUCUCAUCAUGGUGGUGAUAGUGAGCGCCCCCCUGAGAACCCACCUAGCCCUGCAUCCUCUCCCAAAUUCCACACACCCCUGCCAGUCAUUCACCCUCACAAUGCCGCUGCAGUAUCUGCGGACGUAGACAUGGACCUGACCACACGUGCAGCUAUGUCGCUGUGUCACGUGCCGAAGGUGACCACGCCCUACGGUUUCCGCAAUGUGUUGGCUGUGAGCCCCUGCACACGGCGACGGGAGUCCCUGUUUCAUCGGAACAGAGGAGACCCCCACACUGUAUCUGACCCAGCAGACCUUGGUCCUGGUCCCAGUCCUAGCAGGUGUGCUAGGACUGCAUCCCUGCAUCCAAUGAGGACUCUGGGUCUGCAGGUCAUUAAGGCACUCCAGAGACCUGCAGCUACUCUAAAAGCUCUAAGUCCUGCAAUCCAAAGGACUACCCCCAAGUGAUGUCACAUACAACCACACUCAUCUGAUAGGUGGAGCAGAUCUGAAACUGCUGCUGGUUUUAAGCUGUUUUAAUAAAAUGUUUGAAUUACA